UCUCCGAGCCCAUCGUCUGACCAGGAUGGGGCUGUCAGAGGGGUUCUGGCACCACGAAUACUGGCUGCCACCUGGAGCUACCUGGGAAGACAUGAAGGGCGCACCCUACCCGCAGCCUCAGGACCUCUUGCUCUGCAUCCCUGGUGCCCUGCUCUUGAUCGUUGUCCGAUACAUCUUUGAAAGAACCGUAGCUCUGCCCUUGGGCAGGAGCCUGGGUGUGAGCGACAGGCUGAGGCCCAAAGUUCAGCCCAAUGCCACGCUGGAAGGCUUCUACGUUCAGCUGGGCAGAACCCCGAGGGAGGGGGACCUUAUUUCACUGGCCAAGCAAAGCGACCUGCCGGUCAAAAACGUGGAGACCUGGUUCCGGCACCGGCGGGCCCAGGAUCGGCCCAGGCUGAUGAAGAAGUUCUGUGAGGCCAGCUGGAGAUUUACAUUCUAUUUAACCUCAUUCUUCUCUGGGCUGGCUCUCCUGUAUGAUAAGCCCUGGUUCUGGGACCACACCGUGUGCUGGCUGAGAUUUCCACAACAGCCUCUCCCGCCCGCACUGGGCUGGUUCUACCUGCUGGAGCUCUCUUUCUACUGCUCACUGGUGGUCACCCUGCCCUUCGACGUGAAGAGGAAGGACUUUAAGGAACAGAUCAUCCACCACGUCGCCACCAUCACUCUGAUCUUUGUCUCCUACUGUGCCAAUCUCGUACGGUUUGGGACGAUAGUCAUGCUGGUCCAUGAUGCCUCUGAUUACAUUUUAGAGCUUGCCAAGAUGCUUCAUUACAUGAAAUGGAAGCGGGUCUGCGAAGCAGUCUUUAUUGUUUUCGCUGUGGUUUUCAUCAUCUCUCGGCUUGUCCUUUUCCCGUUAAUCACAUACUAUUACUUUGUGACAAAGUUUCAGUUGUUCCUCGUAAGCUGUGUGAUAAAUGCUUUCCUGAUGAUCCUGCAGUUGUUGCACAUCUUCUGGUCCUAUCUAAUCAUCCAGAUGAUCUUCGGUGUCAUCCUCCAUGGUGCGAAAAGAAAAGACGCCAGAAGCGACACCGAGGAAAGUGACAGGAGCGAAGCAGAAGAUCUGGCAAAGAACCAAGAGUAGAGCGGGCUUUGCUGCAAAAUACCAAGAGCCAGGCAGAUUCUUAAAAGUGGGGAGGUUGAAUGGGACCUGGGGGGAGAGGCCAGCCAGGCUCACAAAUGGCUUCACAGUAGUCUGCCCGAGGCACCAUCUGAUAUCUAGAGGGAAGUGCAUUUCAUCACAGCAUUGACAGGCAGUUAAGUCACUUCAGGAGAUGUUUUCCUCGCUUCUCCUGUUGGGACCAUUCUUUUACAACUACUCUAUGAUCAUUUAUCCAUGAAAAAAAAAAAAAAAAAAAAGGUCUACCCACGAAAGUCUCACUGUAACCAGGAGAAGAGGGGUGGAACAAGCUGCUUAAGUUAUGACACCUUCCUGUGGUUAUCCCAAAACCUCCCCAAAGGUUCGUGAGAUAAUAAACUACAACUGCUGAAGAUUUAAUCGAUUUGCAAUUCCAGAAGAUACUGGCGGUCCUCGCCGGCCACCUCAUGAAAGGACUUGCUUGUGAAAGACACCUGCUUAAGUGGCAAAUAAGUUCUCAGUUGCAUAGCAUAAAAUGGUCAGCCUUGGGGGAAGGAUAAACCAUUUCUGCAAGUCAGGCCCGCCCAGCUGACACGAGCUGUGUUUGUUGUAAGAAUUACACAAAAUAGUUCACGUGUUGAAAAGAUUUUGCUAACUAAAUGUCUAUUUAGGGAGAAGGCUCCUAAAAUUGAAAGCAACUGAAACUCUUCCAAAUGCACCCUUUUCCACUAGAAAUUGUAAUUUAAUCCCUGCGCAAAUUUUCCAUUUAGACAUCUUCAUUUUGUUGAGGUUUCAUUUUCAAAAUUGGAAAAUAAGAGCGUUGCAAUAGGAACAUUUUAAUGGGUUACU